AUGGACGCAACAUCUUUGCCGCCAACAUGCGGUGAGGUGAUGGAUAUACCAGGCAUUCCCUCAGUCGGAUGUGUGGCUGUCCUGCAGUACGAGAUGGGAACCGCCGCUGGCUUUUCUUGCUGUGUUGUGGCCUCGAGAGAAGAGGUUUACAUAUUAGGGCCGGAAUUACUCGUGCGUGAUGGCUCACUCAUCUCCGUACGAAUAUGGCGGCCUCAUGUGGAAAAGAAACUCACUCGAGUGAUGUCGCUUGUAGCAUUUCUUUUGCAUCCGGCAGCUGAUGAGGUGUCUAAUGUUUUUCAAAAGCACAAGGUCGAGGCAGAAAUGGAUGAGGUUUGUGCCGUGGUGGCAUGGGAAGACGAUGAUGGACAGCAGCAGCAGCACAUCACAACCCUCUUCUUCUCAUUGUUGCAAGCACUGUCCACCCCUCAGAAUGUCUCCGUCAAGUCGUUUGAGACUUCAUUUUUUUAUGAACGCAACCAACAACGCGUUUUGCGUCUUUUUUAUAGUCCUUCCUUUUCUAGCGAGUUCCGUAAAGGCAAGCAUGUUGUCCUCUGUAGCGGUUAUGAUGAAACUGUGAGGAAACACGCUUGUCUUACGCCUAGUGAAGAGCGCAACCGUCAUAUUCUUACACCAGGGGAUCCGCGUGGUGUUUUAUCAGGUAUUUUUUCAUUUGUGUUGUGCAAUUCUGUGGUGGAGAACGAUGUCUGUAGGUGGGAUGUGACGUGGACUACCCACGCUCCUGCGUGGGUUGCAUCCUGGAUAUUGCAUUCUCCUUUUGAUGGUGUUGUGUGUUCUCUUGCAGUUCAGAAGGAGGAAGCGUCUUCUGUUGUGGCGGCAAUUGGAAAGACGAAUGGCCAACUGAUUCUUUUUCACGCUGACGGCACUCAUGUUUCCCAUCGCUUUGGUGGCCCCAUUGCGGAUCUUGCAUUUGUGAGCACUCGGUGUAUCAGAGGCGAUGAGAGGUAUCGUGUUUGUGCGGUCACGGAGCUCAUAGGGCAGCAGAAGGAGAAUGCAUUCUCUAGCUUGAACAGAAUGCCCGAGUUGGAAGUGGCAGAUGAUGGGCGGAGAAGCCUUGUUCUUCUUGACAGUUUGGGCCGUGUUAUUGUCUUCCGGGACGUAACGGAGGGAAUGGCGUCGGCACAAAUUGUUUCAGAUAUUCAACAGUUUAUCACUCUUGCGGAGAAUCGAGCCUCCCACCCGAGCAGCGGCUCCGCUGCGGGAGAAUCUGCAGCUGGGCGACCAGUUACCGUCAGUUCAAAGAGAUUUUUUGAUAUUUCGUCACUUCGUCAGUUUUUUUACCGCGGGAAAACGAAGAGGAUUCAAAAGGAUAGACAGGACGACAAGGUGGACCCCAUAUCCACACAAGAAAGUGAUGCCAUUAGGCAACCAGAGCAAGAGAACGGAAUGUUCGCUGGUCAUAUUUUGAGCCGCGGCCUUCUCAGCCUUGCGUCGCUGCCAGGACCACGAGGCUGCACCGAGCUCGUGGUGAGUACCAUGGGCCAGUCCAUUGUCUCCAUUCCAUUUGAUAAGAACGAAGGUGUUUUUUCAAUUGCGGGAUUUAUUGAAGCAUCGGAGGCGAUGUUUUUUAUCGACUUUGUUGACUUUUUUAACACGGGGGUGACGGAGCUGGUGAUGGCAGGGAUGCAUCACGUGUUAGUUGCAAGGCGAUCGCGUUGCCAACAGAAAAGGAGGGCAGCGCUUCUGUUACGACUGUUAGCGAGGCAAAAGAUGCAGGAUGCUACGUCCGGAGAUGCGUUGCUUGGGGGUAAAGUUUAA